AUGGCCAAUAUAUCACUAAAUAACUUAAAUUCAGACAUUAAAGAAUAUUUUUUGGAAGGGUUUACAGAAGACGACUCAAGUCGAUAUCUGCUGCACUCUUUUUUGCUUUUAAAUCAUGAGUGGAGUAAAAUUGCGGUGAAAUUUCUGUACAAAGACACUUGGAUAUUCAUCACACGAAUGUCAAACGAAAAAUUACGUGCUAAACAAUUAAUUGAUACAUAUUUGAAAUGUCUACCUAAUAGUGGGAUCACUACGACAUAUGAUUAUAUUGAAAAGACAAGGAAUCUAGACAUCCCCGCUUUAUAUGAAUGCGUAAUGUAUUGGGAAGAGGAAACACAACCUCAAUAUGAUAAUCCCCAGGUCGAAGAUAUAUUUUUCAAAUUAUUUAGAGCAUUCAUCAAGAAAUCUAAUUUAAAAGAAUGUACAUUUGCAAAAUCACGUCAAGAGGAGCCACCUCUUAGGUCACCUAUGAAUGAUAAUUAUCUUCUCGAACUCGUAACAGGACUUGAUGUUCGUGGUGUUCAAUUGAAUUAUUUGAAUUUAGGAUAUUAUCCCUGUAGUGAUAAUGCACUUCGAUGUUUGACCGGAAGAGUAACUCAUCUCAAAACUUUUAAAGUGAAAGUACAACCAGGCAGCGAUCAGGCAUUAGCUGCAUUUUUGAGUUCACAGCGAGCAUUAACAAAAUUGAAGAUUCGUUCCGGAAAUGAUAUUUCUGAAACGAUAUCUGCGCUAGCCAGUUUAUCAAAGACACUUGUAAAACUUCGAAUAAUAUCUUGUGAUUUGGAAACUUACGAAACGCCAUUUACGAGCAUAGCAGCCUGUACCGGGUUACGAUCACUAUACAUGUAUAAUACUAAAUUUACGUCUAGAAUUUCUCCCUCAGAUUUAUUGAUGCCCAUUGCCAGAAGUUGUGCAUUCCAUAAUGUCGAUUUUACUGGUACUAUUCUUCCUGGUGAUGUUCUUGCUAGUAUUGCUAUCCAUUCUUCGUCAACAUUAUGUCGAGUAAUAAUAAGUGAGCGUCCAAAUAAAUAUCCACAGCCGGAUGAUGAUGAUGACUUGGCAGUUGGUAUCAGGGAGCUGGCGGUUCACGCAAAGAAUCUAAAAGUUUUUGUGUGUAAAAUUUGGCCUGGGGAAACAACUGCAUUACUUAAUCUCCUAAAUUCGAUUGGGCAUUCACUUGAACGAUUGGAAAUUGGUUCGCUGGCCUUAGUAAAUCGAGAAUCUUCUGAUAUAAUUCGCGCAAUCGCUCAAAACUGUUCAUCACUGAAAACUUUGGAUGUAUCCUACCUUCGUUUUUCGAGAACAGCAUUUGAAGAAUUAGUUCGUGGAACCCGAAUCGAAGACUUAUAUUUGCAUGGAAAUCGUGAUAUUGAUGACGCUUCGCUUAAAAUUAUGAGGGAGGUAUGGGAUGGUACUUUGCGAUUUUUGGAUAUUACUGAAUGUGAUCAUGUUAGUGACAAAGCGAUUAAUGAGUUGUAUGAUUGGGUUGAAGAUUUUGAAACUGAUAGGAGAGAGUUUUGA